UUGUCCAACUAGGAAAAGGACACCAUCUCUAUCUUCCGUCUAUUUAAGUAAAAUCCAGAGAUUAUUCUUUACCUAUCGUCUCUCCCGAAUCUCCUUCCUCCUCCUCACUUUCACCUAAUUCUCUGAAAACCCUAUAUUGGUAAUCACUGCUCCCCCAAACCAAAACCCCAUCUCCAACCUCUCCAUGAUCUACAGCACUCUGCAAACUUAUAAGCUAGCUCUUCAGAUACACAACAUACGUGAAGAAUGGAAGCCCGCAGCCGCAAAGUUCUCGUCUUUUUAGUCCCUCCUCUCAAGCCCUCUACAAAAACUGAUCCAUUAUCACCGCCACCAGUACCAGGGAUAACACCGGAGCAGUACCAGUCGUCACAGGUUCUCGUAGCGCUCGCCGUUCUUGUCUUUGCGCUCUUCCUUUUGGUCUUCUUUUCAAUCUGCGUGAACCGUAUAACCGACGAGUUUUCUCGUCGCUGGCAGCGCCGACUUCGCCUGGAAAGAACUUGGAUCUUUUCUCCCCGCUCGGAUCUUCCAACUUGGUCGAACCGGAGACCGGGAGUGGAGCCGGGGACGAUACAGGCUCUGCCGGUGUACUGUUACGGCGGCGGGAAGGAGAUGUACGAGAUAAAGGACUGCGCCAUCUGUCUGGGAGAGUUCGAGGAGAACGAGGCGAUCAAGGAGAUACCGUUUUGUAAACACGUGUUUCAUCCCCACUGCAUCGACAGAUGGCUAUAUUCUCACGUGACGUGCCCGGUCUGCCGGUCCAUUCGGUUAUUCGAUGACAAGGGUGUGAGCCAGAGCAACUCGGCGAUUACAAGAUCGACGGCCGGAAACCAAGACACGUGUGUAGAGGUGAUCAGAGUGGCGGCGGACAUAGAAUCACAUGGUACUUUUGGUUUGAGGAAUAGUAGCAGCUGUUCGAGUUUUGGGUCAGAACCAAUUAGCAUGUUGCCAAGAACAUACAGUUUUUAAAUUUAGUUUUUUUUUACGACAGUUUUUAAGGAUCGAAUACGGCCUGCUGCUGACAUGUUAAAGCUUUUGUACCAUAUAACAGUAGCUAUUUUUUGGAAAUUCAUAUAAUUUUACCUAUCUUUAAAUUGGA